CAGUUUAUGGUUCUGAUUUUUUUUAUCAGAGGCAGAGUUAUUAUUUUAGCGUUAUAUUUUUAUAACGUAUGAAAAAAAAAAAAAAAAAAAAAAAAAAAAACGCGACGAGGAUUAUUGAGCAAUCAAUAAUUAUUAUUUCCAAGUUAUAACUGACUUAGCAAAGUCAUGUUAUUUAUUAAUCGAGAAACAGAAGCAGUUAUAUUUUAUUAGUGCUACUAGAAGUCGAGAAAUUAUUCCGACUGCAACGCAAAUUCAAUCUACGGAUUUAAUCUAGAUUCAUAUUACUGUAUUAGCAUCACCAAGGCAUGAGGAUAUAAUUCAUUUAUUCAUCAAUCUCAUUCUCAUACUUUACAAACUCUUAUAACCAAUUACAGUUUCACCUAUCAAUGCUAUGAAGUAGAUACAUGAAUAUGCUAGACAUAUAUGUAAGCAUACAAUCAUCAUUAUUUUUUUUCCACUCCCUAAUGUCUCCUACACUAUACACGCAUAAUCUCCACUUCUCCACUCCACCAACUAUCUCCACCACCUUUUGCUUUCUUCCACUACAUUUUUUCUCACCACCCUUUCCACUCCACUAAUUCCACUACACCAAACUUUCCACCUACUCCCUUCCCCACCACACGCAAGAAUGCAUCUAACAUUCCAUUAUACAGGCAACAAUCUUUUCAUCAUCUUCAUUCUUCACUAAGGAACCGAAGAGCAGCCACGAGUUCUGCCAUAAGUACACUGCUCCGGCAGUGUUUUGCAAGGCGAUUCCAGCCAUCCAAAAGGUUCCCAAAAAUUCCCAAAUUAAUUGUGUAUCAUCUUUCAUAUGUUUUCUAUACUUUGGCAAAAUUUCAGAAGGUUUGAAGCUCUUAUGAUUUAUUUAUGAAUUUGUAAACAUCACUGCCCAUCUGGAAUACAUUUUUGGUAAACAAUCUUUGGGAGGCCAUAAGUAAAGUUUCAAUCGGUGAAAACCUUUGAAACUUGAAUAUGUCACUCUAGACUCCCGUAUCUUUCUUUUGACAUCGGCCUCACCAUUUUUGAAUAAGGGAAACAACCGGUAUAAAUUCUUGAAAUCUAGUUCUUAUUCCAUGUACCAUCCAGUAGAUUUUACAAACCUACGACUUUGAGGUGGCAAAGCCCGACUUAAAUCUUUGAUUCUCAAGCCUAGCUUUCUACUGAAUAUUCAAUGACAUGUUGGGAACUUACUUGCUUAGUUUUAGAAUUUUUGGUGAAGCCUAAAGUUGGUUUUCUGAUUUAUGUUAUGAAUCUGCCAAACUUGAACGCUUUUUGUGCACUGAACUUUAGACAGUCAUAUCUUCUAAACCAUGAAUGUUCUUAGAGUAAAUCCAACUGGAGAGUGUUAUGAUCUCUCCCUAGUUUCCAGAUUGACCCUUGGGGUUCCCAGUGGAGUUUUGUAAAGGGAGAUAUGAAUUUUUAAAGAAAGCCCACUGACUUGGUUGUAAUCUGGAAAUCUGAAAUUUUCAGAUUUUUGCUUGUUAAAUACCCAUCUUUGAGAGGGCAUAUCUUGCUCGUUUGAAUUGUUUUUCAUUCGAUUCAAAUUGGAGAAUGAUCCUUGAAAUGUCUAGUUUCCAGAAUGUCUUUUGGAGCAUCAUUUGGAGAUCCGAGGCAGAUUUGGUGUCUGUUGCAAAACAACCCCUUAAGAGCUCAAGUUGUUGAAUUAUUUUCUAUGUAUCAAAGUUUAUUUUAAAGGAUGUUUCAUGAAAGAUUUCGUAUAUGUGCGUAACAAGUUUGGGACUAUUUAUUUUAAAUGAGGUCCGUUCUUUAUUUAAAUUAUGAUGGACUUUUAAUGAAUAUUUUUGGGAUUAAACUCUUAUUUCUUGAUUUAUAUAAAUUAUUUUUUUUAAGGACUUAUAAAUAUGAAUUUCGUAGGCCUACUGACCUACUGUGAUCGACGGUUUGUCGAUGUCUAAUAGCUUUGAAAAUUUUAUAGCAAGUCCUGACAUGAGUCUUGAGUACCCUGGUAAAAUUUCAAGCCAUUCCAACUUCGUUUGAUACUUCUUUAAAAUGCAAAACCUAAACUGCACAUAACUACCGAGAAUUUCAGAGAACAGAUGAAAGAGUCAUUUAUUUCAGUAGCUUCCUGUGUGAUCUAGCUUUCCAAAUUUUUAUGGUAUUAACCUUAUUGUGUUAGCUAGAUAUCCACCAAAGUUGAGCCCAGUUUGACAACGUUUACUAUUUGUCAAAAAUCCAAGUUUUCGAUUGUUCAAAACUGCCGAACAUGGUAGAUCGUGGUAAAAAUGUCAUAUCUCUCAAACCACUUGGAGUUUUCGACUCUACUUUUUUUUAUAUGAAACUAGAUUCGAAGAUCUUUCUUUCGGUAUGAGUCUCGAGUCCAGGAGAUGUCGGAGUCAGAACAGAUUAAAUUUUGAAGUUGAGUCAGUGUAAAAACAGAGCAUGUUUUGAUGAUGUUUGAUUGUGAUUCUUAUGUGCCUUAUGUGUUUGUGUUGCCUAUGUGUUUGAAUGAGAUUAGACGAGGUAUGAUUGAUUUUUGACUGUCUUUAAUGUAACGAAUUAUGGAUGCUAGAACCCUAAAACACUAAAAGAUACCCUAGGCACGUAGAAUUAGACUUUGUCUUAUGACAAUUACUUCACGAACUUAUCGACUCUUCAUCAAUGAAGGUCCGGGCGACAGAAAGUGAAGCCGAAGAAGAAACGACUCCACGCCAGCUUUAAGAACAAUUGAGAAUGCCGCCUAAGAGAGGACGCCCUGCGAAAAACAAUAACAAUCGCAGAAACCGUAACGCUGUACCCGAAGAACCACAAGAUGCUCGAGGACAUAACCCAUCCCCUCCGCCUCCGACUAGGAGAGUCGAAGAACUCUUUUUAAGGCAAAAUCCACCUACGUUUGACGGAACGAGUGAACCGGCUGAAGCUGAGAUUUGGGUGCGUGCAAUGGAACGCAUUUUCAACUUUCUACGUUGUACUGAUGAGGAGCGCCUAUCUUGCGUCUCUUUCCAACUAACAGGAUCAGCUGACUUCUGGUGGGAAGCACGUCGAAAAAUUCUGACACCUGAACAAUGGGCAAGUUAUACUUGGGAAGAUUUUAAGACGGGAUUAUAUGAUAAAUAUAUUCCGAAAAGCUAUAGGAAGAAGAAAGAAGCUGAGUUCUACGAGUUGAAGCAAGGAAAUAAAUCUGUGGUUGAAUACGACAAGGAAUUCUGCAACCUGUCUAGGUUUGCUCCGCAACAAGUGGACACAGAUGAGAAGAUGGCAGAAAAAUUUUGUGCCGGUCUACGGUACGAAAUUAAGAUGGCUCUAGCAAGCCACGGAGGACUCUCAUACACGGAGUCUUUGAACAGGGCACUUGACGUUGAAGCUGCAAUGCCGUCGGACAAGUCAGCCCCAUUGUUGAUCUCAACGCCAAAUGAUCCACCAGUAGCCUCACAUACUCUCAAAGGGAAGCGCAAGUGGGACAACAACGAAGACAAUAUCAAUCAGACUAGUAAGAAAGUGUGGCAAGAAUAUGAACGGGCCGAACAGUUUAUUCAACCAAGGCACGAGGCACAGACUAACCUCGAGCGAACUGGGGGUAACCAAGGUCAGAAAGGAGUUUUACCUUGCCCAAAUUGUGGUAAGAUGCAUAGGGGUAUUUGUCGGGCUGGAACUAACGGUUGUUACAAUUGUGGCCAAAAAGGUCACUACUCCACGCAAUGCCCCAAUUGACAACGAGGUUCAGCAGUUGGGAACACCUGCACCCCCUUGCCAGCAAUACGUGGACACUUGCGAAAUCAGCCUCAAUCACAUCAGUGAAAAUCUUAUGGAGACACCGCAGACAAGAAAAGCUACGUGGGAGCUUGAAAACAAGAUGAAGGAAAAAUACCCCGAAUUGUUUUAGCAGAGAUAUGCAAAUUUCGGGACGAAAUUUUUGUUAAGAGGGGUAGUAUGUAGUAGCCCGCUCUUUUAUUUAUGAUAAAAACUAGUAAAUGCAAUUUUUUAUAAAUGAAUCCAGUUUAUGGUUCUGAUUUUUUUUAUCAGAGGCAGAGUUAUUAUUUUAGCGUUAUAUUUUUAUAACGUAUGAAAAAAAAAAAAAAAAAAAAAACGCGACGAGGAUUAUUGAGCAAUCAAUAAUUAUUAUUUCCAAGUUAUAACUGACUUAGCAAAGUCAUGUUAUUUAUUAAUCGAGAAACAGAAGCAGUUAUAUUUUAUUAGUGCUACUAGAAGUCGAGAAAUUAUUCCGACUGCAACGCAAAUUCAAUCUACGGAUUUAAUCUAGAUUCAUAUUACUGUAUUAGCAUCACCAAGGCAUGAGGAUAUAAUUCAUUUAUUCAUCAAUCUCAUUCUCAUACUUUACAAACUCUUAUAACCAAUUACAGUUUCACCUAUCAAUGCUAUGAAGUAGAUACAUGAAUAUGCUAGACAUAUAUGUAAGCAUACAAUCAUCAUUAUUUUUUUUCCACUCCCUAAUGUCUCCUACACUAUACACGCAUAAUCUCCACUUCUCCACUCCACCAACUAUCUCCACCACCUUUUGCUUUCUUCCACUACAUUUUUUCUCACCACCCUUUCCACUCCACUAAUUCCACUACACCAAACUUUCCACCUACUCCCUUCCCCACCACACGCAAGAAUGCAUCUAACAUUCCAUUAUACAGGCAACAAUCUUUUCAUCAUCUUCAUUCUUCACUAAGGAACCGAAGAGCAGCCACGAGUUCUGCCAUAAGUACACUGCUCCGGCAGUGUUUUGCAAGGCGAUUCCAGCCAUCCAAAAGGUUCCCAAAAAUUCCCAAAUUAAUUGUGUAUCAUCUUUCAUAUGUUUUCUAUACUUUGGCAAAAUUUCAGAAGGUCCGGGCGACAGAAAGUGAAGCCGAAGAAGAAACGACUCCACGCCAGCUUUAAGAACAAUUGAGGUUGAGCUGUGAUGGGCGAUGAAGUGUUGUUGCUGAGUGGAGUUUUUGUCGAACUUAAAGUAGGCUCAGAAAGGGUACAUGUCUUCAUACAUGUAUCUCAGUUAUGCAUUCCGCUAUAAACACUGAUUAUUUCAGUUACGCCUUCCGUUGCAAACUCUGAUAAUAUUUUAGCCAAGCCCCUAACGAUGCCUUUUUCCUUUUAAGGAAUAUAACGCGUAUACAAGUUCUUUGAGUA